UAAUUCUUCACACACAAGACAACCUGGUUUCCAGCAAAAAAAUGUGUUUUCUUCUCCUAGCCAUUCUCUCUCUCGUGCUACUCCCUUACAUUCUUACUAAGCAAAAUAGUAGAAAAACCAUACGUCCUCCUGGUCCUUUAGGGCUUCCUUUCAUUGGAAAUAUGCACCAGUUUGAUAAAGCCAAGCCUCACCUGUACUUAUGGAAACUUUCCCAAAAGUAUGGGCCGUUGGUCUAUUUAAAAUAUGGUUCAAUGCCAAUACUUGUGGUUUCUACUGCAAAAAUGGCUAAGGAAUUUCUUCAAAACCAAGAUUUCGUUUACUGUAGUAGGCCACAAGUUCUUGGACAGCAAAAGCUUUCCUAUAAUGGCAUGGAUAUUGCUUUCUCACCUUACAAUGAGCACUGGAAGGAGAUGAGAAAAAUAUGCGUCCACCAUCUCUUUAGCCACAAGCAAGUUUUGUCAUUUCGCCCCAUUCGUGAAGAUGAAGUUUCCCACAUGGUAAAAAGGAUUUCAAAGCUUGCUUUUUCGUCAGAACUCGUAAACUUAAGCAAGAUAGCGAUGUCUCUAGCUAGCAACUUGAUCUGUAGAGUUGCGUUUGGAAGGAGAUAUGAUGGCGAAGAAUUUGAAAAGAAAAGGUUUGAUAGACUUGUAAUGGAAGCUCAAGCCCUGAUGGUGGGAUUCUAUUUCUCUGAUUACUUUCCUUCAUUAGGUUGGCUUGAUAAAUUCACAAAAAUAUCAGAUCGACUUGAGAAUAAUUUCAAGGAGUUAGAUUUGUUCUACCAAGAACUCAUCGACGAGCACCUCAAUCCAUCAAGGCCUAAAGAAAAUGACAUUCUUGAUCUCUUGCUCAAAUUGAAAGACCAAAACUCAUCUUCAGUCAAUCUAACUUGGGAUCACAUCAAAGCCCUACUCAUGGAUCUAUUUGUUGCAGGAACAGAUACAGUGGCUGCUGCUUUGGUCUGGACUAUGACAGCUUUAAUGAUGAGACCUUGUAUAAUGAAAGAAGCACAAACAGAAAUCAGGAAUGUAAUUGGAGAAAAAGGAACAGUAAGUGAAGAAGAUAUAAAGAAGCUUCCAUAUCUAAAAGCAGUUAUUAUGGAGACUCUGAGGCUGUAUCCACCAGCUCCACUCAUAUUUCGACAGGACACAACUGGAGGAUAUUUCCGUACGAUUGAUGGCUACAAAAUUCAACCAGGAACUCGGAUUUUUAUAAACGGUUGGGCCAUUUCAAGAGAUGCUGAAACAUGGCAAAAUCCAGAUACUUUUGCGCCUGAAAGAUUCAUUAACAGUAAUAAAGUGGCAGAUUUUGCGAUGAUUCCAUUCGGAGGAGGCCGUAGGGGGUGUCCUGGAAUGUCAAUGGGGCUAAUAGCAUUGGAGCUUGCACUUGCAAAUCUUUUGUAUACCUUUGAUUGGGAAAUGCCUUACGGGAUGAAGAUGGAAGAUAUUGACACUGAUGCCAUACCAGGACUCACAAUGCACAAGAAAAACGCACUUCUUCUUCUGCCCAAAAAGUACGUUUAGAUAACGUACGUGGAUUUUAAGGCUUAUAUCAUGUGGUCAUGAGGCUAUUAUUUUACUUACCUUUGUGUAUCCUUUGAAAAUUUGUCGAAUUUGCAAGGACAUGGUUAAUUUGGAAGUACAUUUUUAGCGACAAUAAAUUUAGGUGAGAUAAUUGCUAUGACUUUGUAUUUCCAUUAUUAAUGCGUUUCAAUAUCAAUCAAUAUCAUGACAAUAUGUAUGCAUUCUUCUUGAUU